AUGGCUAGAAUGCAUUUCCCUGUAGUGUGGGUGAAUUGGAUCCAUGAAUAUGUCUCGACAGCUAUGACAUCUAUUUUAGUUAAUGAAAGCCCAACUGAUGAGUUUAGGUUGGAGAGAGGUUUACGAUUAGGUGACCCUUUAUUACAAUUUCUUUUUGUGCUUGUGGUCGAAGGUUUAGAUGUUUUUAUGAAAUCUUUGGUUCAACAAGGGUUGUAUUUUGAGUGUAAAGUGGGAAAUGGUGAAGGAGAACCUUUUACGCAUCUUCAAUUUCCAUAUGACACUCUUUUGAUGGGGUCUAAGAGUUGGUCAAAUGUUAGAUCUCUAAAAGCGGUUUGGUUGUUGUUUGAAUCCAUUCCGGGGUUAAAAGUGAACUUUCAUAAGAGAAUGUUGGUGGGAGUGAAUAUUUCUAAUUCUUGA